GGGCGGGGUCCUGAGGGGAACCCAGGUUUAGGGUCGGGCCCGCCGACCGCCGUUUCCUCCAUCCUCAGUUGCUGCUCUUGGCGUGCGGCCCGGCGUGGCGAUGCCCAGCGGUGGGGUGCACCCCGACGACCACGCCGCGCCGGGGCCCACCCACACAUCGACCGCGCACGCCGAGGCCCUUGGCAGCAAGAUUAAAGAACAGAAAGUUCUUGUGGAUGAACUUUCUAACCUGAAGAAGAAUCGGAAGGUAUACAAGCAGCAACAGAACAGCAACAUAUUCUUUCUUGAAGAUCGAACAAAAAUGUUUUCUGAAAGCAAAAGGGUGAGGAGUCCUUCAAGAUAGGGUUUCUCAGGAUAGCCUUGGCUGUCCUGGAACUCAGUCUGUGGAUCAAGUUGGUCUUGAACUCAGAGAUCUGCCUGCCUCUGCCUCUUAAGUGCUGAGAUUAAAGGUAUUCAAUGCACCACAACCAGCCGGCAGAUGUUCUACAGUUUUAAAAAGACUGCCGAGAGGGCUGGGGCUGGGAUUGGCUUGACCUUGGGCAGGCAGCCGUGGCUACAGAGAGUUCAUGUUCAUAACCCCAUCAUGUCUAGCAGAUACCGUUCUUGCCAUCCUCCCAGUCUCUUGUUAUGAUGUCUUCCUGCCCCCUUCUACCCGUGAGCCUUGGGGUGAUACAGAUGUCCAGUUUAGAGCUGAACACUCCAUAGUCAGUGAUGGUCCGCAUUUACCAGUUGUGGUUCUCUGGGCUAACUGCCAUCCAGCGCCAGUGCUGCUGCUGGUAGAGAGCCCACACCCCAGUACAAGGAGAUGUGGAUCGAGAAGUAGAAAGUGGCUGUGAUCAAAAUAUAAACAUGUAUGAAAUUCUCAGGGAAUAAAAAUUAUAUAACUUUAAGAUGUAUCUGCUUUAGUUAUUAAGUAAAGUAGUCGUGUAUAUUUUAAGAGCUUGACAGAAAUAUGAAAAAUCAUUCUACAGUGACUUUCAGGGAUAAUACCUUGAACCUCUAAGGCAGCAGUUGCCAGCCCAUGGCUCUGUACCCUCUUGGGGGAUCACAUGUCAGAUAGCCUGCAUGACAGAUAUUUAUAUUAUAGUUCAUAACAGUAGUAAAAUUACAGUUAUGAAGUAGCAACAAAAUAAUUUUUUGGUUGGGGUCACCACAACAUGAGGAACUGUAUUAAAGGGUCGCAGCAUUAGGAAGGUUGAGAAUCACUGCUCUAAGGUCUUGAAGUGUUUAAAAUUUAUAUAUGUAAGGUGUUUAACCAAGUGAUUGAACAAAACAGGUCUCAGUGGAAAGAAACUAUUACCAAAUAUCGGCAUUCUUUGUCACUAAAGCAUUGUGAUUAUUGUUGGCAUUUGUACAGUGUAUCUUAUAUGGUUUAAUCUUGAGAAAUAACCUGUUUUGUCCAUGAAAUAAUAGGUAAAUAUUUUUGAACUUUCACUUCAAUAUUUUUUCUCACUC